GUUUGGACCAAGAGGAGUCGGAACAUCCGCAGAUAAAAGAAGAGCAUCAAAAGCCAGAACAUCCCUGGAUAAAAGAGGAAACCAUGGAGCUCCCCAUAAGUGAGCAGAAAGAGCAGCUUGUUCUGAAGCAGAAUAUUAAAGAUACAAGAGAGAAACAUUUCCCAUGUUUGACAUGUGGAGAAAACUUUCUUAAAAAAAGGCAUUUAAUGAUUCACAUGAAAACUCACACAGGUCAGAAGUUUUAUUGUCUGUCCUGUGGAAAAUCUUUCACAAAGAAAUCUAGACUUGAUACACACAUCAGAAUUCACACAGGUGAGAAGCCUUUUUCCUGUACCAUUUGUAACAAUAAAUUUAUUCAAAAGAGUAAUUUGACUACUCACAUGAGAAUUCACACUGGUGAGAAGCCUUUUGAAUGUCUGUCCUGUGGAAAAAGCUUUACUCAUAAAUCUCAUCUUGAUACACACAUCAGAAUUCACACAGGUGAGAAGCCUUUUUCCUGUACCAUUUGUAACAAUAAAUUUAUUCAAAAGAGUAAUUUGACUACUCACAUGAGAACUCACACAGGUGAGAAGCCUUUUGAAUGUCUGUCCUGUGGAAAAAUCUUUACUCAGAAAUCUGAUCUUGAUAAACACAUCAGAACUCACACAUGUGAGAAGCCUUUUGAAUGUCUGUCCUGUGGAAAAAUCUUUACUCGGAAAUCUGAUCUUGAUAAACACAUCAGAACUCACACAUGUGAGAAGCCUUUUGAAUGUCUGUCCUGUGGAAAAAUCUUUACUCGGAAAUCUGAUCUUGAUACACACAUCAGAAUUCACACAUGUGAGAAGCCUUUUGAAUGUCUGUCCUGUGGAAAAAUCUUUACUCAGAAAUCUGAUCUUGAUAAACACAUCAGAACUCACACAUGUGAGAAGCCUUUUGAAUGUCUGUCCUGUGGAAAAAUCUUUACUCGGAAAUCUGAUCUUGAUACACACAUCAGAAUUCACACAGGUGUGAAGCCUUUUGAAUGUCUGUCCUGUGGAAAAAGCUUUACUCAUAAAUCUCAUCUUAAUAAACACGUCAGAGUUCACACUGGUGAGAAGCCUUUUUCCUGUACCAUUUGUUACAAUAAAUUUAAUCAAAAGAGUCAUUUGACUACUCACAUGAGAAUUCACACAGGUGAGAAGCCUUUUGAAUGUCUGUCCUGUGGAAAAAGCUUCACUCACAAAUCCUAUCUUGAUAGACACAUCAGAAUUCACACUGGUGAGAAGCCUUUUGAAUGUCUGUCCUGUGGAAAAAGCUUUACUCAUAAAUCUCAUCUUGAUACACACAUCAGAAUUCACACUGGUGAGAAGCCUUUUUCCUGUACCAUUUGUUACAAUAAAUUUAAUCAAAAGAGUCAUUUGACUACUCACAUGAGAACUCACACAGGUGAGAAGCCUUUUGAAUGUCUGUCCUGUGGAAAAAUCUUUACUCAGAAAUCUGAUCUUGAUAAACACAUCAGAACUCACACAUGUGAGAAGCCUUUUGAAUGUCUGUCCUGUGGAAAAAUCUUUACUCGGAAAUCUGAUCUUGAUACUCACAUCAGAAUUCACACAUGUGAGAAGCCUUUUGAAUGUCUGUCCUGUGGAAAAAUCUUUACUCAGAAAUCUGAUCUUGAUAAACACAUCAGAACUCACACAUGUGAGAAGCCUUUUGAAUGUCUGUCCUGUGGAAAAAUCUUUACUCAGAAAUCUAGUCUUGAUAGACACAUCAGAAUUCAUACUCGUGUGAAGCCUUUUGAAUAAGUCACAGCAGUUAAAUUCCACAGGAAUGAACAGUAGAGGUGUUUACCAUGUUUGACUGGUGAUAGAAUGUCCAUCUCGAAGCUCUUUGACCUCAUUACAUGAGAAACUCACUGGUUAAUGUCCUUUUUUUUUAGGACAGUUUUGAGAAAGCCAAUUAAUUGACAACUCUGUUUACAUAGAAACCAGAAC